AAUGCGCGCCUCGUGUUUACAGACAGCCGUCAAAAAUGUCUAUAUCCAAAUGUCAGCUGUUUUCACCCUAAAAACGGCCCUCCUAAUUUAGAUUAUAACGUAGUUGCAUGUGGAGGGUAAGCACAGAUUCAAUAUAAUUGUAGAGAAAAUUUUCAUUUUUUUGGACGCAGAUGUUGUGAACUGUUUUGUGGCAGUUGUCUGAAUGUUGAUGUGAUUGGAAGCUAUAAACCAAAAAGCUGUCAGCGGUCUAAGUCCUCUGUAAAACUGCUCAUUACAAAGUUACGAUGUGAUGUAACAUGGCAGCUGCAUGCGGUGUCUUAAUGUAAGUAGUCAAACAUGGAUGAAGAAGAAGAUCUGGAGACACUUGGUGAGCAACUGUACAAUCUGAUUUACCCCAAACACAAAGAGACUGCUGGAAAACUCACAGGUAUGUUGCUGGAGCUGCCAGGUACCGUCCUGAGUCAGAUGCUGCAGGACGAGGCCACGCUGACCGCAGCCGUGGAGAAAGCCCUCAGAGCCCUACAGCUGGCACAGGAGCCCAGCAAGGUAAGAUGUAAAGACGAAGAUGAUGUGUCCAUGUCGUCUGACUCUCUGGGGGAGCAGCUGUUUGAGCUGGUGGAUGUUUAUAACACUGGCCACUCACAGAAAAUCACAGGAAUGCUUCUGGAGCAGCGCAAAGAGGCAGUUAUAAACCUUCUUUCAGAUCCAAAACAGCUGGAAGAGCAGGUGAACUUUGCCCUGAAGACACUUAAAGAGCAGAACCUGGAGGAGACAGACAUCAGUGACUCGUCGGACACUGAUGACACGGAGAGGCUGGGAGAGAAGAUCUUCUCACUGGUGGAGGAGCUAGAUCCACGUCAUGCAAAUGAUAUUACAGGUAUGCUACUGGAGAUGGACCCAACUGCUCUCCAACAGCUGCUCAGUGACCACACAAUGCUGGAGGGUGCUGUUCAGAAAGCACAAGCAGCACUGGACACUUAAAAAUGAACUCUUUCUACUUGAACAGAAGAGGACAACAACAGUUUACGCACAGAAUAACACAUUAUACAUAUUUUAACACAUACUGACUUUUAAUGAACUUGGAUAACGUAAUGCUGGGAAGAGCUUAUACAUCACUACAGGAGAUCAUGGUAAUACAAGUUACCUAUUACAUAACCAGCUAUCUUUGAUUUAUACUGAUUGUUGAGUGGACUGUGGACAGUCAAAGUUUGAUCUACUGUAAAUGACUGAAGAGUCAAGUCAGCCUCUUCUUAACUGAAAUGAAUAUUGCCCCUUCCUAAUACGGGUGCUCACUUCACUGGUAUGUGAUUGAACAAAACAUCAGAAUCAUUGUUCCUUUAUGAAAAAGUUUACAGCAGGCUGUAAGAGAGGAUUUACAUGUAAGGCUACAAAAGAAGUGCUUAUCUAGGUGUUGUGAUGCUAUGACAAUUUAUUUGAUUUUCUGUACUGAAAUAUUGAUCAUACUGCUCAUAUUGAUGUAACUGUAAGUUGAUGUAAUGCCUUUGCUAACACAAAAUACAGCAGAUUAUAUCUAAACUAAGGAAGCACAUUUGGCCUGUCUGCCCAUCACUGGUCCAGACUGGAAUAUGCUCCAUAUUUGUAUAUUUGAACUCUCAAAGUGAUUUUUAGACUAUUCACCAUUGACUCACAUUCAUACACUAAGCCUAAGUGCUCAAACAGAAUCUAACAUUCACACACUAGCAGAACAGCCAACAACAUUUGGAUGGACUGCCAUGAAAUUUUGUCCAGACGUUCAACAUCUACUUGAUGGAUUCCUUGACAAUUAUUUAUUUAUUAUUACAAGUUAGCUUCAUUUAGCUGACGCUUUUAUCCAAAGCAACUUUCAAUUGCUAUACAUGUCAUGGAGGUGUGGGACCUCUGGAGCAAUUAAGUGUCUUGCCCAGGUGGAAUCGAACCCACGUCUCCCACACCAAAGGCAAGCGUCUUAUCUAUGUGCCACCCCUAAUAACAUUGAUGAUUUUUAUCUAACACUAUCGUCAGGUUGAAGUUUCAGUUUGUCUGAUACUUUGGUUAUAUUAAAUACAUAAAUACCUAUGAAACUAUUGACAAUCCUAUCGGCCUCCGCUGUAAGUUACUUUGUGUUCUAGCUAAUUAGCAAUUGCAUGCUAACACGCUAAACUAAGAGGGUAAGCAUGCUAAACAUGAUAGAUGCUUAAUGUUAGCAUGUUAGCAUUAGCAUUGUGAGUAUGUUAGCGUGCCAAUGUUAGCAUGUAGCUCUAAGCACUGCUGUGUCUUAAGUACAGUCAGAGGAGUUUUGGUAUAGUCUCCCAAAAUCAUCUCCAGGAACCCUCGACAGCUGCUCGUGAGAAGACAGUUGUACUGUAACAUAUCAAUACACAUAAGUAUAGGAAAAUGAACAGAUUUUUGUCAUGUCUUUUCUAGAUUUAAAUUUUUUCACACCUCAAUUUUAUUACAUUUUCCAUUUUUGUUUCUUCCUCAAUUUUCUUCCAUUCCAUCGUUCACUAACUGAAGUCUUUUAAAAUCAAGUAAAGUGUCAGAAUAGUGGAUACAUUUUUUCAGAGUAAACAGAUGUUUCUAAAUGCCAA